GCUGGAACGCCUACGCGCAACAGCAUGUAGUCUCUCCAACAAAGAUCUUGCCACCCUCUUGCAUCUUUUCCCUGCGCUCUCCCGCGCACACGAGGGCCCACGUUGGCCACGUCAUCGCGUUCCAGCUCCUUCUUGCCGCUGCCGCGUACUAAGGGCACGUCUCGAGAUGCGGGCACUGACAUGGCAUCACGCACUCCCUCUGGCUCCGUGUCGCGCUCAGUAAGCUCUGGCAGCUUGCCCUCACGACACGCUACCCCCAUCCCCCACCUCACGCCUGCCGAGAAGGAGAAGGAAUAUCUAGUGCGCACCGCAAUCGACAAUGGCGACGUCACAGCCCUGGUAGACCUCGCGACCAGCCCCUCUGGCCUCGUCAGCGAUAGCUUGCGUUGCACUGCCUGGCCUCUCUUGCUAGGAUGCUCUGACAAGGAGUCAGAGAAGGAGCCAUGGAAACAUCUCUCCGAGCACAAGGAUGAGCAUCAGGUUGGCUUGGAUGUCAACCGCGCAUUUGUCUACUACCCCAGGAACGAAUCUGAGAAGCAGCUUAAUCGUCGAAAAGAGCAGCUCUCCGAUGUCAUCCUCGACGUCCUGCGCCAUCACCCCACGCUUUGCUACUUUCAGGGUUACCACGAUAUCGUCCAGGUCUUCCUACUCGUUCUCGGGCCCGAACAUGCCCCCGCUGCAGUUGCCCGACUAAGCCUGCUUCGCAUUCGCGACUUCAUGCUGUCGUCGCUCGACCCAGCCCUUGCCCAGCUCGAAUUGCUGCGACCGAUCCUUCGCGCCGCCGAUCCCGUCCUGUACGAGCACCUCCCCAAGAGCCAGCCUUCGUUUGCGCUUGCCGGAACAAUCACCAUGUUCGCCCACAAUAUACAAGACUACAAGGAUAUCACAAGGCUAUUUGACUUCUUCUUGGCGCGGCAUGCCAUUAUGCCCAUAUACCUCUUCGCAGCUGUGGUGUUAUCCAAGAGGGAGGAGCUGCUGGAGUAUGAGAAGGAGGAUGAGGAUAUACUCUAUGUCAUGCUAGGGAAGCUCCCAGAACCCUUCGACGUCGAAUUCCACAUCGCCCGGACCGUUGAGCUGUACGAGAGACUACCUCCUACGUCGCUCAACAGUUGGGAGUGGUGGCGCAUCUCGUCUUCCAGCGUACUCAAAUCCUCUGCGACAAACAACAGUCUGCGUCAUCUUACCUUGGAAGAUGGCGAGAUGCUGUUCUUGCAACAGGAGCAGGACCUCCGCCGCGCGCAGACCCUGAGACAAGCCGUCAAGACAAUACAAUACAUCAAGCUGCGUAUUUGGUACCACCGCCGGUACGGAGCUGUUGGUCUUGCCAUGGUAGUGGGUGCCUAUGCUCUAUGGCUUGGCAGGAAUGGAGGUCACAACACAGGAUUCCCGCUGUUUGGACCAUUGGGAGGGUACCUGAUGAGGUUUCUCGGGGGCCCAGCAUGAACGGAGCAUCAGGAGUUGCGGAUACAGCAAAAGUGGCUUCAAAGCAUAGCAUGGCGCUAGGGGAUAAGAUCGGCGUAGCAAGAGGAACAAAAGUUUGAAGAGUCGUUAGGCUCACAUAGAGGUACUACCACAUUGAUAGAUUGCCAUUUGCCCUUUAAAUCCCAGAUGGCUUCUUUUA